AUGGCUCCAGCCCUCGCCAAAACGUUGUUAAAAGGAGGAUGGAUGGGUGUUGUUAAGCGUAAAGAGCCACGAUCUUUUUACAACAACAGCCCGUUUUACAUUACAACCAGCAGCCUGACUCUGGUGAUGAAAACGACAGUGUUUACAGAAGAACUCGCGUUUCCCAACCCAGACGCUUUAGUCACAAUUACCCAAAACCGACCGGUGGAUCAAUGACCAUUUGUAAUUAAUAUAUAUAACACGUAUUAUUUUCUUGUUUUAUUAUAUUUUCUUGUUUAUUAUUAUAUUUUCUUGUUUAUUAUUAUAUUUUCUUCCUUAUUAUUAUAUUUUCUUGUUUAUUAUAUUUCUGUUUAUUAUUACGACAAAAACAUAAGUUUUUGUCGGCAAUCCAUGUCGCGAGACAAAAUUUGAAAGCAGACGUCUUCGUUAUGUCUUCGUUAUGCAAAACGUCGAAAAUGAUUUCUUCGUUGCAUUCACUGCUUGGUGAAUAGACGAUAAAAAAUGAAACAGCUGGACCGUUUGUAAUUAAUAUAUAUAACACGUAUUAUUUUCUUGCUUAUUAUAUUUUCUUGUUUAUUAUUAUAUUUUCUUGUUUAUUAUUAUUCGUUUUGUCAACGAAAUGGUCGCAGUCAGUAACGGUAAUGGUAGUCAACGUAUUCUUAUGAGCUAUAUUAUCCUAAAAAUGUCCUUUUUACUUUUUACAGGGAUACAUAUAUGCAAGACCGGCAAAUUCCAAAAUUACUUUUGUUAAGGCGAUGCCAGUAAAUGAUUAUCUCAAUAUCAUGCUUGGGAACGAUGCUGUCCGUGAGCAAAUUUUGAAACAUCUCUCAAAGCUACAACGAAUCCUGUCGGAGAAUACCUGUCACGUUGUACAGCAGAUCAGUGACUUCGACCUGGAUGUAAUCGAAGUGUCGAAUGGGUGUGCAUUUCGGAUUUCUACAAGACAAUUCUUCAUAUUUCAAAAGGAAGACUUUCGAAGACCUUCUGUUUCGCAGAAGGAAUUAUCAAUUCAUUCCCUGAUCUGGGGCAGCACGUCAAAGUGCUCAACAAGUUGUAGCAGUGCCUUGUGGCUUAUCAAAUGCCACAAAAAGUACGUAAGCUAGUUUUCCUUGGGCCCAAGAACUCUGGGAAGACUUCUUGGUCCGCCAUUUUUAACCGUAUCAUGCCGGUUGACAAGAUUGUUUCUGUCACGUCUGAUGAACAUAACCAAUCACCUGCCUGGCAACGAAAACGACAUUUUCUGUACAUAUAUUGGAGAAGUCGCAUUUUCCGAAUCCGAACCCUUUUGUCACCAAUACCUGGGACCGACUGGUGGAUCUUUGACCAUUUAGAAUUAUGUAUAGCAGGUUCUUUUUCUUGUUCAUUAUUAUAUUAUCUGUGAAUAUACAUCACUAUUACUAUUAUAUUAGGAUUCGUGCAAAAUCCAAUCUAUUAAAGCAAGUUUUAAAGCAUUUUAAACAUUUUGUGUUUAUCAUUUUAGCGUAGUGUGAACAUAGUCUUAACAAUUAUGAAAUUAAAGUAAAGAUGUUGCGCAUUUCUGUGUGGUAUAAUAUUAAAUUUUGUUUCUUGUUUCUUUCUCCAGUUAAUUCUAGCCCUGAACAAUCCAGUUUACCGGCCAGAACUUAUUGACAAGGAAAGAGCACGCUCCUGGGAAGACUUCUUGGGUUGCCAUCUUCCAUUGUAUCAUACCGCGGUUGACAAGAUAUUUUCCGUCACAAACGAGGGACAGUUCUCAGCUAAGUAUGAAACGGGAAGACACACAAUUAAUCAUCAUCGAUGAAUGGUCUUCCCAUUGUCGUCCCCAUUAAACCAUUACAACGUGUAAGAAAAGUACAGAAAAGUACAAGAUUGUUUCUGUCACGACUCGACUGAGGGGCAAUUCUCAGCCGGUAUGAUAUGGAAUGAAACAGAAUUGGUCAUUGUGAACAAUUUAUUUUUAAUAGCCCCAAGGACCAUUCAAGCUGUGCUCGAACAGGGAUGUGUUCCCAACAAACCUCAACUUUUGUUCGACUGCCCUUUCUACAUAACAACAAAUAGACCAACUAAUUACGGCGACGAAAACCACAGUGUCUACAGAAGGUGUAGCAUUUACCAAACCCCUUCCGUCACCAACACCUGGGGCUUAUCAGUGGAUUUAUGACCAUGCCAUGGACUGUGUGUUGCUUGGAUGGCUGAUAUGAUCAACGACAACAUCGACUUAAUUGGGCAAGAAGAACAAUGGUACGAGGACAUGGCAUUUGUUUUUACGCGAAGCCGCUAAGCGCUCGGUAUUUAUCUCGCUCCGUUUGGGGGCUGUGCGGAGAAAGUGAUGUUUUCCAACAAUUUCGCUCCGACAUAUAAUGUGAACGCGGUCUUAAUGAUUAUGAAAAUAAAAGUUGUUGCGGCGUUUCUACGUGGCAUAAUAUUAAAUUUUCUUUUUUGUUUUUCUUUCCAGUCGAACAGAUGAUCAAGAUAAUGAUGAUCAAGAUGAUCAUGAUCAAGAUGCUGAUGAUCCUCAUGAUGCUGAUGAUCCUCAUGAUGCUGAUGAUCCUCAUGAUGCUGAUGAUCCUCAUGAUGCUGAUGAUCCUCAUGAUGCUGAUGAUCCUCAUGAUAAAAUGUUGAAGACGAUUUACACAUAUUUUCUGGAUGGUAUAUAUGUGAAUAUUUUAAAAUUUAAUGUAUAUUAUUUGUUCAUGCGUGUAAAAUGUUUUAAACAAUUUAACACAUAUUUUCUGGAUAGUAUAUAUGCGAAUAUUCUAAAAUUUAACGCAUACUUUUUGUUCAUGUAUAUAAUAUGUUGUAAACAAUUUAACGAAUAUUUUCUGGAUGGUAUAUAUGUGAAUAUUUUUAAAUUUAAUGCAUACUAUUUGUUCAUGUAUAUAAGUUGUAAACGAUUUAACGGAUAUCUUCUGGAUGGUAUAUAAUAAUGUAUAUUAUUUGUUCAUGUAUAUAAUAUGUUGUAAACGAUUUAACACAUAUCUUGUAGAUGGUAUAUAUGUGAAUAUUUUUAAAUUUAAUGUAUGCUAUUUGUUUAUGUAUAAAAUGUUGUAAACGAUUUAACGGAUAUCUUCUGGAUGGUAUAUAUAUGCGUGUGUUUUUAAAUUUAAUGUAUAUUAUUUGCAUGUUUAAUUAAUUACAUAUAAAAACGGGAAAAAAGGAUAUGUGCAGUCUCCUCUUGCUUCUUCUUCGGAGCCAGCUGGUAGACAACGAAAUUGAAGCAAUGUCGGCCACGGAAGAUUUAAACGAAGCGCUUAGAACGUUCGAGAAGUUUGUGAAGGCGAUGGGCUAUGCCUUAUACAAGGUAAAACAUUAUUAAUAUACUUUCUAGUGUAGGUGCAUUUACUAUGCUGUUUUAUAAGUAGAUAUAAUUACCGCAGGGGCAGGGACCGGUUGUUGUCAUUUGCUUCUUCUGUCUCCACCAGUUGGUUUUAGCAACGUCGGGAGCUCGAUUGCCUUCAAGACAGAUUAAUUCGACGAGAGUCAAGAACUCGCUUCGUGCGAAUAUUUUUGGUUUGAUGGAUCCACAACCAUUGAGAAUAAAUAUAUAUAUAUAGCACGUAUUAUUUAUUUAUUAUUUAUUUUCUCGUUAUAUUAUGUUUUUGUCUAUGAAUAUACUAUCAACAUCUUAGAAAAGAUUCGUGCAAAAUCCAAUCUAACUAGGUUUUUUUGACAUACAUACAUACACGAUGUGUUUUUAACUUACAGACUCAAAUUAAUGUCAACUGACUUUCUAGUUGUUUUUUUUAGUUCCGAAUCAUUUAUUGCAAUAACAAAUAUUUUAUAGCCCAUAAUUCCCAAAUUACAUUCAUCAAAGCAGGUUCGCAUCAAAGGCUACCUGAGAUCAAAGUCUCGCACGUCGUACUAUUUCUUCGAAGCGGGUCCAACUUGAUGAAUUGUUGCACAAUGUCCCAGGCGUGCGAUUUUUUGUUUCGGCCAUCACUGCGGUUGAGCAGACCUCCCAGCGAAACGACGAGACAAUUUUUCCAGCAGUUUCCUACUUCAUUGUGUAUUCACCAAGCGAUAAGUGCAAGGACAAAAUUCUUGUUAACCGGUUACACCGAAGCGGAUGUCGUCCCCAUUAAAACAGGACAAAGUGGGGACGGCGAGGGUAUGGCUCAUGUUCUCUUUAAUGUCGUAAAAGACCAUAACAACGAGUUUGCCAAUGAAAUGGUAGCAGUCCGUAACUGUAUUCAACAUCAACUGAAUCAUUUUAUUGCAAUAACGAAUGGUAUAUAUGUGAAUAUUUUUAAAUUUAGUGUAUAUUAUUUGUGCAUGUAUGUAAUGUUGUAAACAAUUUAACGAAUAUCUUCUGGAUGGUAUAUAUGCGAAUAUUUUUAAAUUUAAUGUAUACUAUUUGUUUAUGUAUAUAAAUUAGCCUAUAAAAUAAUGGUCACAAGGUAGGUUUCAGAUCGAGCCUUUGCAUGAUCUCACAUGCGAUUCGAUCUCUGCAAAAAGAAUAAGUGUGUGUGUGUGUGUGUUUUUAAACUUAAUGUAUAUUAUUUGUUGAUAUAUAUAAUAUUGUAAACGAUUUAACACACAUCUUCUGGAUGGUAUAUAUGCAAAUAUUUUAAAAUUUAAUGUAUAUUAUUUGUUCAUGUAUAUAAUAGGUUGUAAACGAUUUAACACAUAUCUUGUCGAUGGUAUAUAUGUGAAUAUUUUUAAAUUUAAUGUAUGCUAUUUGUUUAUGUAUAAAAUGUUGUAAACGAUUUAACGGAUAUCUUCUGGAUGGUAUAUAUAUAUAUGUGUGUGUUUUUAAAUUUAAUGUAUAUUAUUUGUUCAUGUAUUUAAUUUGUUCAGUGAACGAUUUAACGCAUAUCUUCAGCCCCUGGACCAUAUGUCAAAUAAAACAUCAGUCGACAUGA